CGCGUACGUAGUGGGGUCUGCUCGGCGCAUGCGCGAGCGCAGGCCGGCUCGUUGUAGUCACGGUACGCCUCGGCGCUCAGUCGCACUGCUAAUUUUGAUGCAUCCGAAAUAAACAGUGAAAAGUUUUUGAAAUGUCCUUCCAAGGUGAAGGACCCGAGCGCGAUCAUGACAGCGCGAAUCAAGGGUUAGAUCUUAUGGACCUGAAUCCAGACGACGACGCUAUUGUGCCUCAGGCAUCUUCAACAGCACAGGCGUCGAGACCACAAUCGGUGGGUGCGGCGGUUCGAAGAAGAUCACUGUACCGGCGUCCUGGAGCACCGCGAGCAAUGUAUUCGCCACGUGGGCUGGCCCCUCGCCUGCCCCAGCGGGUUGGUACUCAUUUCGCGCGACCCAUGCCGCCGCGCCAGCCAUUAAGGGCAAUCCAAGGAAGAGCCCGGGUGCGAGGGUUAACAUACCGUCCACAGCCAGGAGAGCUCUUCGAGGGCGCUGCCACGUCAUACGCGGGGAGAGGAGCAAUCAGUGAACAUUUACCACCGUCCUACAACUGGGAACAGUACAGACCACGUGUACCAAUCCGCGGCUUGGGAUCCCGUCCCAUUAGACAGGGACACCCACAGUGGGGAGUUCCUCGACCAACUGUAUUGCGCCCGGGGUAUAUAGCGUCGCCACGACCACAAGCAAAUGAAGUACUCGACAUCGGAGAAGAUUUAUUAAACAAAUUACAUGCCAUACCGCUGGAGACCGAGUCGUCGGGGGAGUCCUCGGCAGCGUCGACACCACGGUCGUUGUCGCCCUAAGCUUCAGUUGUUUUACCGUCUUAAAAUACUUUUUGGAUAUGUGUUUUCUAAAUUUUGUAUUUAAAUAUUUACAAUAAUAAAUGGUGUUUUUC